AGUUGAGACAUUUUUUUAUUUUAUACAUUUGUACUUCUAAAAAACUACAAAAAUGUCGGAAUACGGAAGUCCCCGAAUGUACGACCCUUGUUCCACGUACGGAGACGUCUACAAGUACUUCACGGAACAAAUCCCCAGCCAAAGCACGGUUUCUGUGCCCUCCACAACUACGUCCUCUUCAUCGCUAAAAAUACCUCCGGUUCCAUCGAUGUUAGUUACUGGCUUCGGACUGAGAAAUUGGGAUUCUCUUCAGAGGGCUCUUCUGGAUGACGAGCAACGGCGACAAAUGCUUUUGGCGCAGCACGAUAGAGGCGAAGCUUAUGAGUGCGAGUCUUUGCCUAGUUCUGGCACCCGGAGGAUUUUGAGUACUUUAAGUCCUGCGACUUUUGCCAUGGAUGCGUCGAUGUUGGGGAGUCCGUCGCCGUCGUUGCAGUAUCUGAUGGCGCUGGAGCAAGAACCGGAGGAGUAUGUUGAACCAACAAUAGUUUCGGAGGAGGCCAAAUCCGUAGAGGGUGAAUUUGAAGAAGAAAUUGAUCCCAGAUUUACUCUAGCUAUGAGAAAUGCAAGGAAAUAUUUGAAAGAACACAGAAUUUUCGACUUUUUUCGAUUUUUGAUAGCUCAUAUGGUGAGCGAAUUGUCGGAAAAUCCUAUAGACUUUUUGAUAGAACUGUUGGAUAAGUGUUUGUUGUACAGGUCCGGGUUCGGAAACCCACCAUUGCUCUUUGAAAAGCCACAUUUGGAGCAACUCUUCUACCUAAUGGAUCGCAUGAGGACUGGCUUCAUCGACAUGGAACAGUACGAAUCCGGUAUGAAAACCUUGGGCCUCUGCAACUACGACAAACACCCCCCUCUCUGCACCGAGAACAAGAUCUCCCAAGAAUUUUUCGUCGAAGAGGCCUACGAAUGCCUCACCGACCUCUUCGUCGAGAUGAUCCGCCGCCGCGGCGUGUGCAAGUCGUCCAUUGCCACGCCGCCCCCGACCGCCAUGCCCAGCGUGGCCACCGUCGACGACUUCGCCUAGCAACGUCUCACCUUUCGGGUCGACGAUAAUUCCUCGGUCUCAGCGUGCGGGCGCAACAAUGCCCAAUUCCAGGACCCAAAAUGGACAAGUAUCAUUUCGGCCCCGCUGUGAUAUAUUUAGAUGUGUUCAUGCAUUAUUAAUGGGCGGGCCUCCGUUUCUGGAAAUAUACUGUGUGUUUGGA